AUGGCUUCCCGCGAGAACUUGGUAUUCAUUGCCAAGCUUGCCGAACAGGCCGAUCGCUUCGACGAGAUGGUGGAUGCAAUGAAGAAGGUUGCAGAGCUUGAUGUUGAGUUGACAACUGAGGAGUUGAACUUGCUCUCUGGUGGGUACAAGAACAUGAUUGGUGCUCGGAGAGCAUCAUGGAGGAUCAUAUCAUCAAUAAAACAGAAGGAAGAAGCAAGAGGAAAUGAAAUACAUGCGAAGAGGAUCAAGGAGUACAAACAGAAGGUUGAAUCAGAGCUGUCAAGCAUUUCUAAUGAUAUAAUGACAUUGGUUGAUGAGCAUCUUAUGCCUUCAACUUCUGCUAGUGAAUCAACUGUGUUUUACUAUAAGAUGAAAGGAGAUUAUUAUCGAUAUCUUGCAAAAUUCAAGACUGGCAAAGAAAAGAAAGAAACUACUGAUCAGUCAAUGAAAGCUUAUGAGACUGCUACCACUACAGCUGAGGCUGAUUUGCCCUCUACACAUCCCAUCCGAUUGGCUUUGGGUUUGAACUUCUUAGUCUUCUAUUAUGAGAUCUUGAAUUCACCUGAAAGGGCUUGCCACCUUACAAAAGAAGCUUUUGAUGAAGCUAUCUCAGAGCUUGACACCCUCAAUGAGGAAUCGUACAAAGAUAGCACCCUAAUUAUGCAGCUUCUUAGAGACAACCUUACCCUGUGGACUUCUAACAUCCCAGAGGAUGGAGGUGAUUGA